GAGAACCGCAUGCAGCCGCUUCGGAUUCCAUUCGAGCAGAGGCUUCGUGUCGGUGCUGUGUGUGUGUACGCUCUGACCAUGGGGAAGAAGCGUGUCGCUGUGAUCCUUGCCGGCUGCGGAGUCUAUGAUGGUUCUGAGUUGCAUGAGUGCUCGGCAACGAUGGUCCACCUCAGCCGGGCUGGAGCCGAGAUACAACUGUACGCCCCAAAUGUGAACCAAAUGCAUGUCGUAAACCAUCUGACCGGUCAACCAACCGAGGAAGUGCGCAACGUGCUGGUGGAGAGCAGUCGGAUCGCCAGAGGCAACAUUAAGGACCUUACUGAGUUCAGCAUUAAUGAUACGGAUGCGUUGAUUAUUCCAGGUGGUUUUGGGGUUGCUAAAAAUCUGAGCAGCUGGGCAGUGAAAGGCAAAGAUUUCAACGUGGAGCCAUCAGUUGAAUCUGUUAUAAAGAAAUUUCAUGCUACGAAGAAGCCCAUUGGCUUGUGCUGCAUCUCCCCAGUGCUGGCAGCAAAACUCAUCCCUGGAUGUGAAUUAACUGUGGGUCAUGACACAGAAUGUGAAAAAUGGCCAUAUGCAAAAACAGCCCAGACAAUGGUAGAACUAGGCUGCAAGCAUGUUAACAAGCAUGUCACUGAAACGCACAUUGAUAAGCAAAACAAAUUGGUGACGACAAGUGCCUUCAUGUGCAAUGCUGCCAUCCAUGAGAUUUUUGAUGGAAUUGGUGAAAUGGUGAAAGAGGUCUUGAAGCUUGCAUGAAUCUUCAUUAAGUGGCUGUAAUGGAAAAGGCAUGGAAGAUUUAAGGACCAAAAGAUUAUUCAAUUUACUUAAUUCACUAGAACGUAUAUUUGUUACUGCACCACUUUAAUGUAACUUGUUUUGGGAGAAUAUUUAAUUCUUAUACCUCUGUUGUGAAAACUAUGGUGAAUUAAAGAAAUUUUCUGAAA